GAAUCAGUGAAACUAAACAACAAAUUUAAUGGCUCCUGAUACUUUAAAAUACACUACGACAGAAGAAAGGUUUGGAUUGUAAGCGUUCCAUUGCAUUAGUGGUAAGGAAGUGUGUCAAUGGAUCCAUCUGUGGCCGUUGCUCUUGCCUUACUGCUCUGUAUCUCAUGCCUGCUUCUCAUUUCCUCAUGGAAAAAGAACUUUGGAAGAGGAAAACUUCCACCUGGUCCUGUUCCUCUUCCCAUUAUUGGCAAUAUACUGCAGGUGGACCUUAAGAAUAUCCCUGAAUCUCUUUGCACUCUAGCAAAAGAAUAUGGCUCAGUGUUCACUCUGCAAAUGGGUGUUGAGCGCGUUGUCGUGUUACACGGGUACAAGGCAGUGAAAGAAGCUCUGAUUGAUCAUGGCAGCAAGUUUGCUGACAGAGGACAUAUGCCGGUUUUUGAAAUUUCUAGGAAUGGAUUAGGUGUCAUCAUAAGCAAUGGAGAAAGAUGGAAGCAAAUCCGCCGCUUCUCUCUCAUGACUCUGAGGAAUUUUGGGAUGGGGAAGAGGAGCAUUGAAGAGCGAGUCCAAGAAGAGGCGAAGCACCUUGUGGAGGAGUUAAAGAAAACAAAAGGAUUACUGUGUGACCCCAUGUUCAUCCUUGGUUGUGCUCCUUGCAAUGUAAUCUGUUCUGUCAUCUUCCAGAAACAUUUUGAAUAUAAAGACCCAAAAUUUCUGUAUUUAAUUAAGCUUAUAGAUGAAAACAUGAAGAUUUUGAGUUCCCCAUGGAUUCAGAUCUACAAUUCUUUUUCAUCUCUAGCACAUUAUCUCCCUGGAUCUCAUCACAAAGCAAUUAAAAAUUUUGAUUUACUACAUGAAUUUAUUUUGGAAGAAGUGAAGGAGCACCAAAGGACACUGGACCCCAGCAAUCCUCGGGACUUCAUUGACUGUUUCCUGAUGAAAAUGGAGCAGGAAAAGCAACAACCAUGUUCUGAAUUCACCAUUGAAAACCUGGUCUGUACUGCAUCUGACCUAUUUGCAGCAGGAACAGAGACAACAAGCACCACACUGAGAUAUGGACUCCUGAUUCUCCUGAAAUACCCUGAGAUAGCAGGAAAAAUUCAUGAAGAAAUUGAUCGUGUGAUUGGCCGAAAUCGAAGUCCCUGCAUAGAGGACAGAAACAAGAUGCCUUACACCAAUGCUGUGAUACAUGAAAUACAGCGAUACGUUGACCUUAUUCCAACCAGCCUGCCCCAUUCAGUGACAGAAGAUAUUCAGUUUAGACAAUAUCUUAUCCCCAAGGGUACUACCAUAAUACCAAUAUUGUCUUCUGUUCAUUAUGAUGAUGAAGGGUUCGCCAAUCCGGACAACUUUGACCCAGGUCACUUCCUGGAUGAAAGCGGCAAAUUUAAGAAAAGUGACUAUUUCAUGCCUUUUUCAGCAGGAAAAAGGAUAUGUGUUGGGGAGAGCAUGGCGCGGAUGGAAUUAUUUCUGUUUUUUACUACAAUCUUACAGAAUUUUACCUUGAAAUCUCCCAUUGACCCCAAAGAUAUUGACAUCUCCCCUGUUGCCAGUGGAUUUGGCAAACUACCCCCUUCCUAUGAGCUCUGCUUUCUACCUUUCUAAAAAACAUGAAGGACCAUCACUAUUUCCAGGUGCUCUAGAGUCUCCUCAUGUGUUACGGACAAGCUGUAUUCAUUCCAUUACCUGGCAGGGAAAGCCCUGUAUGAUUUCAGCCCAAUAUUCCCUUCUAGCAUAAUCUAAUACUCCUUUUGACUUUUGCCAAAAUCAUGACUUAAGCUUCCCCAACAUUCCCCAGAAAAUUUCUCUGUUUCUGUAAUAUUUCUUCUCUUUUCUUCAACUGCACUGAUUAAAAUCCUACCCACUCUUCACAUCACAAUUUAGAUGCCAUAUCCUUGUGGCCUCUUUAAUACAAUCUGUAAUUCACAAUUUAAGACUGAAUUAUAUACGCA